CCCCCGCGCAAUCACUCCUUAGUCCACCGUCGUUGAAUCUGACCGGCAAUCUGUGGACACCUUAGUCAAUUUCACAAUGAGCCUCCUGGUCACUUUCAUCUCGGCUGCUUUUCCCCUGGCUCUUAAUCACAGCAUCACUCUGGACUAGCGGGUGGAAGGAGGGAAAUCCUGCUUUGCAUCCUGACAACUUUUGCGGCGGAGGCCUGGGGAGAUGGAUGGCGGAGACAUGCAGGCGUUAACUCCCCACGCACAUUCCAGCAUGGUGUCUGCUGGGGAAGGAUUUACUCUAGUCUCUGGCAUUUGAUUCCUCCUUCUGCUUUACUGGGAGACGAAAUCUCAAAGAAGAUGCCUUUUGUGCUGUGGGCUCUUUGCCUUGGUGUCCUGGAUACGGUCCUUUGCAGUUAUUCAGAAGACCAGUGCAGCUGGAGGGGGAGUGGCCUAUCCCAGGAAUCAGGCAGCGUGGAGCAGAUCUCUCUACACUGUGCUGAGGGCUCACUUGAGUGGCUGUACCCAGCCGGGGCUUUACGCCUCAGCCUCUCCCCCCGCCUCCCCAUGAGCACUGCAGCCAAAGGGAAGAGCCCCAGGCAGGUCACCACCUGUAUCAAGCCCUCCAGCACCUUCCGAGGAGCUCAGAUCUAUCUGGAGAGGAAUGGGAUUCUGGAGCUGCUGUUGUCUGAGACAGAUGCCUCCCUCCGCCGCAGGGUGCGCUGCUUCAGCUGGCUGCCCCAGGAGAAAGUGGCACUGUUCCUUCAGUCUACCCUGCACCAGGACAUCAGCCGUCGGAUUGCUGCCUUCCGCUAUGAGCUGCGGGGAGACUGGAACUCGCGCCUCUCACUGCCCUCCAGCAACCUCAGCAUGGAAGGGGCAUGCCGGCCAUGUAAUAACACGGAGAUCUUGAUGGCCAUUUGCACUAGUGACUUUGUCAUUCGUGGCAACAUCCGGACCGUCUCCAAUGAUGUUGAGAUGCAGGAAUCCGUCAUCAGCGUGAGUGCCAUGCGCAUUCACCGGCAGAAAUUCACUUUGUUCCAGCCUGCAGGCAAAUCCAGCAAAUCCAUGGGCAGCAUCCACACCCUGCUGCAGUGUGGAGUAAAACCAGGACCUGGCAGCUUCCUCUUCACGGGGUGGCUGCACUUUGGGGAGGCCUGGCUUACCUGUGCUCCUCGUUACAAAGACUUCCGGCGUAUCUAUGAGGAUGCGCACCAGGCUCAUGAGAACCCCUGCGAAGUCUCGCUGGACUGAAUGAUGAGGGCAGGGGCAUUCAGCCUGACCCUUGGGAAUGGGGAUCACCAGCAGCAACAACUGCGCCACCAAGGGCUCACAUCCACCAGCCUGGAGCUAGCAAGAGUUCUCCCCAUCCCAUACAGACCUGCAGUGGUCCCCAUUCCUGCUUCACUUGCUCUGUGCUGAAGAGAGUUGUAAGGCACCUUCUGUGCUAACAGGAACCUGGCCCCUGGGGAGGAGAUCCCCAGACUAAUGAUUAGGAGCGGGCACACACUGAAUAACAUAAAGGGAAUUAGACCCUCCCCUUGUGGGGAACAGAAAUACACACAGGACUGACUAAUGGACAGCAGGACUUCUAGUAAACCCUCCCUUCAAGCAGCUUGAGGGGACAAAAAAAUGCCAGUGAAAUGACAGUCUCUCCACAGUUGCUAAGUCAAUCCUUGCUAUCCCAAGAUUCAUUGCCAGGUGAGUCCCAGCGCUGAGGGACUUUCUUGCUGUACUGUGAUUGUUCAGACUAAACAUGGGAGUGGGCUGAGCGUGUGGAUCAUCAGAACUGGAAACCAAUGCAUGAGCAACUCUGCUUCUCAUUUUGCACUGAAACACACCCACCCGUCGCGGAAAAGGCUUUGGCAAAACCAGCCAAUGGCAUGGGAGCCUGUCUGUGAAAAUCCUGCCUGAAGAGAGGCCAUUCUAACUGUACCUGGUUUGACGCAUAGAAUAUGAUUCAGCAAAGUUCUUUAGCACAUGCUGUCAGUCCCGUUGACUUCAAAGGGUCUAAGGCCUAGAGCCUCAAAGGUAUUUAGGCAUCUGUGUGCUUUGUAGAAUUGGGGCCUUGUUGCCCUGACAAAGUUUGGUUCUGAAAUAGCCCUGCUCCCUCUCCUUCCCCCAGAGCUUCACCCCUCCAGGGAUGGGAGGAAGACCCAGGGAGUGGCAGCUACCAUUUUUACAUUCCAUUUAGUAUUUGUUUGGGUAGAAAUGUGAAGACACUGCUUGGGAAAGUACACAGCAUGGGAAAGUGGGGGAUAGCUGAGCUAUGGGGGAGCAGGGUUGGGGAUAUCCGCUGGAUGGGCUCUUGAAAGGACAUAAAUUAAUGGAUCACAGCUAGAAGUUUGCCUAUCCCUGGCUCUGAACUUGGCAGCCAAAAAGUUGCCCCAUAGAGUCCUCACAGGUAUCUUGUGUCUACUCUCAUUGACACUUGGGGAGUGUUCCCUGGAGGGGCCCCAGCUUUACACUACAGUAGCAGAGCAGAAUAUGGGUAUCAAUCUGUACCUGCCAGGGGAGGAGGAAGCUUACCUGCUUUGGGUUUUGGGUGCUGGGGAAGUAGUUUCUAUCUGCCAGAAAGGAAAGACAUAAGCAGCCCUAAGACUUUGAUUAAACCGUUAUGUAAAUGUAUACACAAGCUCAGUGCUGCUCUUCAAGCUCCUGCCAGCGGAGCCCUCACUCAAAGCCCCAUGCACAGACUUUGGCACCACCUCUCUCCACACAU